CAGAUCGUUAAAUCCUCACUCACUCAAAUAUCACAACCUAACCGCCGCAAGCACCUCCUCCACAAGCAAAACUUCCUCCGACCAGACAUACCCAAGCCACCAUCCCAUUCAAGGUGCAUUAUUUUCUCCCCAAAAGCGCACACUGACCUGAAUUCAGAAUGAAGCUCGACGUGGAUGUGUUGAGAUAUCUCUACAAAGAUGAUUUUAGGGUUCUCACCGCCGUUGAAUUGGGCAUGCGGAAUCAUGAAAUCGUACCCACGGAACUCAUCGAUCGAAUUGCGCGUCUCAAGCAUGGAGGCACGUACAAAGUUUUGAAGAAUUUGCUCAAGCACAAGUUGCUGCAUCAUGACUCUUCUAAAUAUGAUGGAUUCCGCCUUACCUAUCUUGGUUAUGAUUUUCUUGCCAUUAAAACUAUGGUGAACAAAGGAGUGUUUGUUGCUGUUGGUCGCCAAAUCGGUGUUGGAAAGGAAUCUGAUAUAUUUGAGGUUGCCCGUGAAGAUGGAACUGUUCUAGCCAUGAAGUUGCAUAGACUUGGUAGAGUCUCUUUUAGAGCUGUCAAAUCUAAGCGUGACUACUUGAGACAUCGAAGUAGUUAUAAUUGGCUCUAUUUGUCUCGCCUUGCUGCCCUUAAAGAAUUUGCUUUCAUGAAGGCUCUGGAAACCCAUGGCUUUCCUGUUCCAAAUGCUGUAGAGCACAAUAGACAUUGUGUAGUCAUGUCACUUGUCCAAGGUUAUUCUCUUGUUCAGGUGAAGCAGUUGCAAAAUCCAGAGACAGUUUUUGAGACAAUCAUUGGUUUAGUUGUUCGGUUGGCUGAGCGUGGCCUUAUCCAUUGUGAUUUCAAUGAAUUCAAUAUCAUGAUUGACGAUGACGAAAAAAUUACCAUGAUUGAUUUUCCUCAAAUGGUAUCCGUGUCACAUCGUAAUGCACAGAUGUACUUUGACCGUGAUGUUGAAUGCAUCUUUAAAUUUUUCAGGAAAAGGUUCAAUCUUUCUUUUGAAGAAAGCUUAGAUGAUAUGGACGGUUCUGAUGAGGGAAGAGAUGGAGCUGGAAAACCCUGUUUUUCUGCGAUAGAAAGAAGUUCUGGUUUUCUAGAUAGGGAGCUUGCUGCCAGUGGCUUUACUAGAAAGGAUGAAGAAGAUAUUCAAAGGUUCAUUGAAGGAAAGGCAGAGAGUGAUACGAAUUCAGAGGGUGAAGAGGUUGACUUAGAAGACCUGAAUGAAGCAGGCACUAUUGAUGGUAAUUCUUCUGACUUGUUGGAACAGAAUGAGGGAUAUGAAAGUCAGUGGAUAGAGAAGACUUGUGAAGCACGUGAAAGCAGUGGAUCUGAAAAGAAAGAUGCAAAUGACAAUGAGGAAAACAAUGAAGAAGUCACGGAAAAUGAAGCUGAACUCGUUAAGAGCUUGAAUAAGCAAAGACGACGUGCUGUGGCAGCAGUUCGUAAGGGACAUAAGACUAUUGGAGGCAGAAAUUCCUACAAAGACAAAGGUGGUAGGUCAUCUCACAAUUCUAAAAUCCAGAAACAGUUGAGCAGCUGGUGAAAUAUGUAGGAACCAAAACACCUGUGAUGUUCAAUGGUGCCAUUCAUGAGACACCUUAAAGUUUUGGUAGGAUAUUGUAGACGACAUUUGUCUGGUCAAACUUUCAUAGGUAAAGUUCAGAAAUAUAGGUUAUGAUCGACCCAUCCUCUGUGAAAUACUGUUAUUUGGAAUGAAAAUUUUGCCAUUCUCUAUCAGAAACUUGUCACAUUAGAAUAU